AUGAACAACUUCGACCCCACGCGUCCCAUGGUGCCUGCGUCGGGCGGCGCAGACCUCACCGCGUUUUUCGCGGCGAUGCAGCACCAGAUGCAGACGCAAGGUCUUCAGCCGCAGAUGCAAACGCAGGGUCUUCAGCCGCAGAUGCAGAUGCCCGUGCAGGCCAACAUGCCCGGCGUCCAAUGGCAGGGGCAGUUUUGGCCACAACAACUCCCGCAACAGCAACAGCAACCUCAAUCACAGCAGCAGCAGUGGAUCCCCGGGCCUGGGCCGAGCGCGGGGCCGCAGCUUCAGGCAGUCCCCCAGCCGUCUGUGCAGAGUCUGCAGAGCAUGCUCGCGUCUGUGUACCAGCUGUGCGUCCAGCAACAACAACAAUUACAACAGCAGCAGCAGCAGCAGCAGCAGCAGCAGCAAGUGCCGCACUUGUACUUGCCGGCGCUGCCACAACCGCCACAACCGCCGCCACCAGCACAGCAGCAGGCGCAGCUGUCGUCGCCUGUGGGCGCUAUGAUCGAUGACGAGGCACGCCUUAUUGAGGCGCUGAAGAGCUGCAGGGGGAAGGGUAUCACGCCUCGCCAGGCGUUGGAGAAGCUGCAUGGGGUUAAUAACCACAGUGCUUCUGAUUGGAAAGAUUACUUUCUCGACCAUCAUGAACGAUUGUGUGCACACGUCAAGCCUCCUCUCCCGAGACCAACGUCCGUCUCUAAUGGCCCGUCCUCAUCCCAAGCCGGGCGGUCGUCGAUUAAUACGUCAGAACGACCGACGAAUGCGCCACAACGGCAACGCCCGCCCGAUUCUCGAUCGCACCUCUCCAACGACAAGUCCCAGCACUGCGUGGCACCGCGCCUCCCCGAGUCUGCCAGAAUAUCGCGGUCACAAAACAGGCGCCCCUCUCCGCCCUCUACGCAGGCCCAAGAGUCCGAAUUCGAGUUCUCCCACUCGCCUAGCGCAUGGGCAAAGACACCUCCUGCGGCCCCCGUCCUGGGUAGCCGGCGCACGCGCGGCGAGCCUAUCGCACACUUCCACGCGGGCACGUGCAUCCCGUUCACGGAGAGCCGCAUGAAGCCCUCUCCGCCUCUAGAAGAGGAUGCGGGUACUGGCGGGAAGUUCACCCCGGCGGACCACCGCUUUUUUAUCCACUACCUUCGCUGGCGGCUCGCGAAAGACCCGUUGGUGAAGCGCGACGUGCUGUAUGGGGAGCUCGCAGAGCAGACACCCUCGCACGACGUGGACGCGUGGAAGCGGCACUGGGACAAUCACCCACAGCUGCCUGACCAGGUCGUCAUCGAGGCCGGGAAGCGCGCGGCGGCACCGCGUUCCUCACAGCGCUCGGAUGAGCUCCUCCAGCAUGCCACUACUGGCGAAGGCUCCGUGGAGUCUGCAGGCGACGAUGACAGCGAUGAGGAGCGAGAACAAGACGAAGGCCAGAACACUCAACGAACUAAGCGCGCCCCCGUGCGGCGGGCCGGCAAGAAGAGGGGAGAGCGGCUCCCGAUUACGGAGGAGGACUUACGGGUGAUGGCCCGGUACAUGUUCGAACGCGGGUGGUCUGUGUCCGGUCCCAAGCGCCGCUGGAUCGAGUUCGCGGAGCAACCAGAGAAUGAGGGGAAACGCACGUAUGAGGGCUGGUACUCGAUCACCAUUCCUCGGUCGCCACACAGGACAGCGCUCGAAAAGUACCUCGAGGAACUUCAUAAAGAACGCGGUCUAGUGCCAAAGCCGUCCAACGAGGCCCAAAGCGGAGACCCCCCUGUAGUGGACCUUGAGACAUCGUCAGAGAAAACUGAUGACAAGGAAGAGCAGAAGCCGACGCCUCUGGAGGUUCACAAACACAGUCCUCCUACGUCCACUGCGAUAUUUGAUCUGGAAGGCAGUCGUUCACGAAAGCGCACCGCCGAGGAGCCGACUCCCAAGGACGAGUCCCCAGAACGCAAGCGGCCGAGAGAGGGUACUCCUUCGGACGUAAUCGUAGUAUCUGAUUGA